AUCCCGAGGGCGGUUAAAAAAAAAAAGUACAAACUGAAAGUAAAAAACAAAAAACCAACCCACAAAAAACAGCCUAGCAGCAACGAGACGGAAGAGCUGUUAUCCGGGCAGAUGCAUUCGCUUCCAAGAAACCAUUGGUUCAAGAAGCUGCAUGGUAGAAGAUCAGAAAUGCGGCCAAUUUUUAAUCACUGCCCUUAAUGGCAUCAGUUCCCCCAUCAUUGGUGGCAAUGGAGAAGGACCAGGAGGUGAAGGGAAACAGCAGUUAAGACCAUCAGUGGAGUAUGUUGCAGCAAUUCUGAAGAGGCAACACCUGCUUCCUAUGCCCAAACGUAAGGCAUGAAUGCAAUGAGGAAGAAGAGAUUUUGGGCAUCCUGCUUCUGCUUGAUGGCCAUCUUUUUUCUGCUUGUCACCCUCCAGGUGGUUGUAGAGCUUGGGAAGUCUGAAAGGAAGAUGACGAAAACCUCCAUUUCACAAAACAGCGCAUUGAAAGAUGAAGAAUGGCAGAAAUACACCUAUCUGUUUGUAAAGAAACCGGAACUCCCCAGCGAUACAAAGACCAUUUUGAACAACGACCGAUAUCCUAUCUUGCUGUGGUGGUCUCCGCUGACAGGAGAGACAGGGCGGCUUGGUCGCUGCGGACAAGACGCUUGCUUCUUUACUAUCAACAGGACCUAUCAGCACAACUCUAUGACUAAAGCAUUUCUGUUUUAUGGUACUGACUUCAGCAUAGAUAGCUUACCUCUCCCCCGAAAAGACCACCAUGACUGGGCCCUUUUCCACGAGGAGUCACCCAAAAACAAUUACAAGCUCUUCCAGAGACCUGCCAUCACUCUGUUCAACCACACGGCAACGUUCAGCCGCCACUCACACCUACCGCUCACCACACAGUACCUUGAAAGCAUUGAGGCCUUAAAGUCCCUGAGGUACAUGAUUUCUUUGCAAAACAAGAACAGCUUGAGGAAAAGGCUUGCGCCCCUCGUAUAUGUACAGUCUGACUGUGAUCCUCCCUCUGACCGGGACAGCUAUGUACAGGAGCUUAUGGCUCACAUUGAGGUAGACUCCUAUGGUGCCUGCUUGCAUAACAGAGAUCUGCCGGAGCAGCUUGAAAACCCUGCCUCCAUGGAUAACGAUAACUUCUACAAGAUACUUGCUCAGUACAAAUUUGUCCUUGCCUUUGAGAAUGCUGUCUGUGAAGAUUAUAUCACUGAAAAGCUCUGGAGACCACUGAAGCUGGGUGUGGUACCAGUUUAUUACGGCUCUCCUAGCGUCAAAGACUGGCUUCCCAGCAAUAAGAGUGCCAUCCUGGUCACAGGAUUCUCACACCCCAAGGACCUGGCACGGUACAUCAGAGCUUUGGAUGCGGAUGAUGAGAAAUAUGAGGCCUACCUUGAAUGGAAGCUGAAAGGGGACAUCUCCAACAAACACCUGCUUGCUGCUAUAAAGGAACGCACAUGGGGAGUGCAAGAUAUCAUGAAGGACAAUUACAUAGAUGCCUUUGAAUGCAUGGUGUGCACUAGAAUAUGGGGAAAUAUGAGGAGACAAGCAAAGGGAAUGUUACAAAAAAAGUGGAAUGCAGAAGCAAGCCACCUGAGCUGCCCCAAACCUCAAGCAUUUGUUUUUUCAUCCCGUAAUACGCACAGAACGGCUCUGCGGGAGAUGUGGAUACCGAGCUUUGAGCAGUCCAAGAGAGAAGCUCACGCGCUGAGGCAGCUGGUCGAAAGGAACAGAAAUUUCACAGCUCAGGAGUUUUGGACUAUGGUGUUUAGAGAAUGAGUUUAGAGGGAGACAAUAGGCCCUUGACUCAAGCUAGAGGGGGAAACAAACUAACACAGAGGAGCCUCUAUGAGGAAGUGUUGUUUGUAGGUUGCCUUAAUAAGAUAGGAAGCAGUUUUAACCACUGAGAUGAUGAGAAAUCAUCGUAUUCAGCGAAUACUAAUCCAGAAGACGAAGGACCCAAUUGGGUCAUCUUAUAAUAUAUUUUUUAUACUAACGUUCAGUAUAAACUAUUAAUAUAAAUUAUUAGUGUAAUUAACAUUGGAACAUUCACAGCAAAUGCAGCCAUCUGCACUUUACUUUCCCAGUGUGUGUGUGGUUUAUUUUGCCUCUGCAGUUGUUCCCACCGUUGAGUUGGAUACGUGUCAAGUCUUCCAUCCAGAUGGUUUGGCUUCCUGGCAUCUCUCAAGCGAAGGGCCUUGUCUAAAGGGGUGGCCUUGCUGCUUAUGUCAUUUCUGCACCUGGCAGGAAGCCAAGCCACGCAGGAGAAAGGAGGAUCUUGCAGAUGAAUCGCAGAGCAGCAUAGGAGGAGCAACCUCAGGGGGAGUGUGCCAAAUGCGCUGGGGGAGGGGGGGAGGUUUACGGAAAGCAGGCCUUAGAAAUAGAGUCUCACCUAAGUGUGGUCCGUGUUAUUGGAGACUGGAUUCUGUGCCACUCUGGUAAAUUUUGUAAAGAGCCACUUUGUGGUUUGAAUGAA